AAUCCUGUUUCAUUUCUCUUCAUUUUUCCUCACUAGUGAAUGUUACCUGCCCGCACCGGAAUGGCUCGACUAAUCAGGAACCUUUGUGUUCUUCCCACUAUUCGUUUUCCUCCGUUAGCCAAAAACACUUUAAAUAAAGCUCUUUCUAAUUUGUUUUCUUUUUCCGUUACUCUUGCAGACGCUGGUCGCUGUUCCGACCGUCAGGACUACAACUGCAGCUAUGCGCUCCGCGUCGCACAACUCUUCAGCUUCCUCACCUCGUCUACCUCGAAGGGGUUCCAACGACGGCUCGGGAAAAGCCCUACCACGACGACGACGACGACCACGACCACCACCACCACCACGACGACCACGACCACCAUCACCACCACCACCACCACCACCACCACCACCACCACCAUAUGGGAUGAAUCAUCACGCCUAUCUGAGCAGUCAAUCCGUUCAAUUCUUCAGUCGGCCCCUUUCAAAGUCGAUAUUUUAAAUUUGCUGUGCAAGACAACGGAAGCCAUCGUACUUCAUUGCCAAGACAAGACUAAGGAAGCCAUCGUACUUCAUUGCCAAGACAAGACUAAGGAAGCCAUCGUACUUCAUUGCCAAGACAAGACUAAGGAAGCCAACCAACGUACCUCAAUGCCAAGACAAUCAUCAAACAUUCAUUUUUCAUUGCUUUCACUCGUCUGUUUCUCUACUGACAAGACUUUUACUCUUAACGGAUUUCCUCCUCCCAUCCUUCUGUCUUGACUCGUAGACCAUGUGCAUGUUCUUGUGGAUGGUGGUAAUUUGUGGUAGUGUAUAGUAAUUUCCUUGGGUAUGGUGUGAUUGUGCUUGGGGUGUUUUUGUGAGGUCUAGUUAGUUUUGUGUCUCCCUUGACAACUUGAAAUCCUUGACUCUAUUUUCUUUGCAUCUUACACAUAUGUCAUUCAUUCAGAGUAAAAACGUCAAUUCAACCAACUGCUGUUAUAGUGAGCUUUCAUUUAGAUACAUGUUCUCAUACAAAAAUUGUUAUAAUUUGGCGCAUCUUUCAAAUCAACUUAUUUAUUCCUCAAAUUUACAGAAUAAGUGUAAUGAAUCCCUGAUCUUGCCAAUGCAUCCAAUGUUAUUUUUUCAACCCUAGUUUUAUGAAGUUCAAUUGUACUGAGCUUUACGAAGCAGUUUACAUAAUUGUCAAUUUAACACUAAAUUGAUGACACAUUGUAAACAGUUGCCAGCAAUUGUACUUUUGUCAUACUCCGUUUUCUCUUAAAUACAUUAUAUUGUGUUCGCUAAUUCUUUGGCUCUUUACUUUCUGUAAUGUUUUUUUGUUCAGACGCGCUCUAAAUUCUUUUGUUGUGGGGCACCAAAGAACACAGUCUGUAGGUUGAUAAAAAUAAACUUUUCGUUGUUUA